CGACUCCCGCCAGGCGCCGCGGCGCAGCGCAUGAGCCCUGCUCGGCUCCGGCGCGUCUAUUAUGCUGCCGGGGCCGGCGAGCCAAAGAGGAGCCGGCCGCGCGGGCUGGGAGGGGACGGCCGCCGGAGCCGCCGAGGCCAAGUGCUGCGGGGUUGGGCCCAGAGAUGGGAUGUGGCGCCUCGUGGGGAGCGCAGAGGAAGCCAGGGCCUCCCCCCGCCGCUGCUGUGACGGCCAGUGAGUGAGCAGCUGGAGGAUGUCCACCACCACGACGGCCGCCCCCACGGGGGUCCCGGCGGCCCCGGGCCCCGUGAACCCGCCCCCGCCGGAGGUCUCCAACCCCGCAAAGCCCGGCCGCAAGACCAACCAGCUGCAGUACAUGCAGAACGUGGUGGUGAAGACGCUCUGGAAACACCAGUUCGCCUGGCCCUUCUACCAGCCGGUGGACGCCAUCAAGCUGAACCUGCCCGAUUAUCAUAAGAUAAUAAAAAACCCGAUGGACAUGGGGACUAUUAAGAAGAGACUAGAGAGUAAUUACUAUUGGAGUGCAAGUGAGUGCAUGCAGGACUUCAACACCAUGUUCACAAACUGCUACAUUUACAACAAGCCCACAGAUGACAUAGUGCUAAUGGCCCAAGCCUUAGAGAAAAUUUUUCUGCAGAAAGUGGCCCAGAUGCCCCAGGAGGAAGUGGAAUUAUUACCCCCUGCUCCAAAGGGCAAAGGCCGGAAGCCAGCUUCGGGAGCCCAGAGCGCAGGUUCACAGCAGGUGGUGGCCGUGUCCUCUGUGUCCCCAGCCGCUCCCUUCCAGAGCGUCCCCCCUGCUGUCUCCCAGACGCCCGUCAUUGCUGCCACCCCUGUGCCAACCAUCACCGCGAAUGUCACAUCGGUCCCCGUGCCCCCGGCUGCUGCCCCGCCGCCCCCCGCGACGCCCAUCAUCCCCGUCGUCCCUCCCACGCCUCCCGUGGUCAAGAAGAAGGGCGUGAAGCGGAAAGCGGACACCACCACGCCCACGACGUCAGCCAUCACCGCCAGCCGCAGCGAGUCGCCCCCACCGCUGUCGGACCCUAAGCAGGCCAAGGUGGUUGCACGGCGGGAGAGCGGGGGCCGCCCCAUCAAGCCACCCAAGAAGGACCUGGAGGAUGGCGAGGUGCCCCAGCACGCGGGCAAGAGGGGCCGGCUCUCGGAGCACCUGCGGCACUGCGACAGCAUCCUCAAGGAGAUGCUGUCCAAGAAGCACGCGGCCUACGCCUGGCCCUUCUACAAGCCAGUGGACGCCGAGGCCCUGGAGCUGCACGACUACCACGACAUCAUCAAGCACCCGAUGGACCUGAGCACCGUCAAGAGGAAGAUGGACGGCCGCGAGUACCCGGACGCGCAGGGCUUCGCAGCCGACAUCCGGCUCAUGUUCUCCAACUGUUACAAAUACAACCCCCCCGACCACGAGGUGGUGGCCAUGGCCAGGAAGCUGCAGGACGUGUUUGAGAUGCGGUUUGCCAAGAUGCCCGAUGAGCCGGUGGAGGCGCCCGCACUGCCCGCCCCCGCGGCCCCUGUGGUCAGCAAGGGCACCGAGAGCAGCCGCAGCAGCGAGGAGAGCUCGUCGGACUCGGGCAGCUCAGACUCGGAGGAGGAGCGGGCCACCAGGCUGGCGGAGCUGCAGGAGCAGCUGAAGGCCGUGCACGAGCAGCUGGCUGCCCUGUCUCAGGCCCCGGUGAGCAAGCCAAAGAGGAGGAAGGAGAAGAAGGAGAAGAAGAGGAAGGACAAGGACAAGGACAAGGACAAGGACAGGCACAAGGCCAGGCCCGAGGAGGAGAGGAAGGCCAAGGCCGCCCCACCCGCCAGGCAGCCCCCGCAGAGGAGGGCGCCCGCCAAGAGGGCCAGCAGCACGACGGUGGCCGGCAGACAGCCGAAGAAGGGCGGCAGGCAGGCAUCGGCCUCCUACGACUCGGAGGAAGAGGAGGAGGGGCUGCCCAUGAGCUACGACGAGAAGCGGCAGCUCAGCCUGGACAUCAACCGGCUGCCGGGGGAGAAGCUGGGCCGUGUGGUGCACAUCAUCCAGUCCCGGGAGCCCUCGCUCAGGGACUCCAACCCCGACGAGAUAGAGAUUGACUUUGAGACUCUGAAACCCACCACUUUGCGGGAGCUAGAGAGAUACGUCAAGUCUUGUUUACAGAAAAAGCAGAGGAAGCCAUUCUCGACCAGCGGGAAGAAGCAGGUGGCCAAGUCGAAGGAGGAGCUGGCUCAGGAAAAGAAGAAGGAGCUGGAGAGGCGGCUGCAGGAUGUCAGCGGGCAGCUGAGCAACAGCAAGAAGCCCGCCAAGAGAGAGAAGCCCGGCCCUGUGCCCCCCGGGGGGCCGAGCCGGCUCAGCAGCAGCAGCUCCUCAGCGUCCGGGAGCAGCAGCUCCAGCGGCUCCAGCUCAGACAGCAGCGACUCGGAGUAGACGCGUCCUCCCCGCGAGCACAACCGGAGCCGCCGCCCGCCGGGACCUGCAGCGCCCCUUCUCGGGUUAAUACACUCCUUUUGUUCGUGGUGUGCGGGUUCUCUCCUUGACUCAGUGUUACGCUCUCUUCCAGUUCUUGCUUUAAUAGGUCAAAGCCCUCUUGUGUGUGGACGUGAGGCUCUGUGAGAAGCUGUGAACGGGCAUAAAGUCUUUCCUUCGUAACUGAAUUCGAUCCCUGGGAGGUGACGCCUUCAGGCUCUGACCUGAUGGCCAUAGAGAAAUGUGUAAGGUGUGUCUGAAGCCUCUUGCAGAAGCCCUCCCCUCGUUCCGGCUGGUCUGUAGCCCCGGGGUCUCUUCGCGGGAGGUUCUCAGAGACUGCGCCGUGUUUGAAGGCUGUUAGCUCGGCACAGCUGGCGGCAUUUGCAUCCCUGGGGGCCUGGGCCCCUGCGCUCAUGUCCGAGGGCUCUGCCUGCCUGCCCGGAGAGCCAGGGCUGGGCCGAGCGGGGCGUCGGCGGGGCGCCAGCCAGAGCGCUCGGGGCGGGGCGGGUGCGGGGCGCCGCGGCGAGUCCACCCGGUCUCUGCGGCGUCGGGAGUUCCUGGGAGGGAACGCGGUGGCUGCGUGCGCAGUGCACAGGUUUCCAAACACUGAAACUUUUACCUCAACUUUAAAAAAAAAAAAAAAAUUAAAAAAAAAGACAAAAGGAGACUUUUUUGUAAGGUUUA